AUGAAGCAAAAAAAUAUUACAACAAGAGCGGAGAUCCUCCAGCGUCUAUCGGCUGUGCAAUGUCUAGAGCUCCUGCAAUUAAUGCCUGAUGAUACCCUUCUCGAAUUGGCUGGUCGCUAUUUUGAAACCCUCACCGACUCAGAGAUUCUGAGAUCUCACGAAAAUAGUGCACCGAAUAUUGGAAAAGAUCACGUAAAGAUCGCCUCUGAUCGAGCCAAACGACCACUUAAUGCUUUUAUGGCAUUUCGAUGUUACUAUCUCAAGAUCUUCCCUGAUGUUCAACAAAAGGAUGCCUCCGGGUUCCUAACUCUGCUUUGGGGCAAGGAUUCAGCAAGAAAUAAGUGGGCGUUAAUCGCAAAAGUUUACUCAUUCGUCCGAGAUGAGAUUGGCAAGGACAAAGUAUCUUUGUCCACAUUCCUCGGCCUCGCCUGCCCAACUAUGGGAAUUGUUCAACCUUCCGAGUACCUGGAGACCUUUGGCUGGACCAUAGUUAAUGAGGAGGAUGGUCCAAAAAUUCUUUGUCGCGACGAGGCAAAAUCUUCGGCUAUUGUCGAACAGAGCGAUGCGAACUUUGAUUACUUCCCCAGCACUGAAAUGGAACUUUUGUCCACUCUUGUCAGAGUCGGAUACUUCCCCGACCAAGGAAUGGAUCUCAUUGAGCGUAUGGGUUCUAACCAGAGUGGCAUCAUGACCACUCGUGGCAACAAAUUCAACCUUCCCGUCUCCUAUACGAAGGAAAAGGCUGAUUUCAUCCAAAUCAUCCGCGAUGAUCCGAUACAGGCGACUAAGGACAUUCUCGGUGAAUGCUAUGACGAUUACACAAUUCGCGAGCUUGGAGUCAAGACACAUAAUGUUGGCAACGUUGAGACGAUAUCCCAUUUGUCAAUGGAGCGGGAGUACCAGGACCCUUCAUUGUUCUACAACUAUGCCUCCACGCAUCAAGGUAUCGGAUUGCCUGUUUUUGAAGAGAAUGUUCUCCAUUUUGAUGGAAUUCCUGAGAAUGAAAGUUAUGACAUCAACAAUCCAUUUGAUUUGGAUGAGAUGCUUGGUCAUACACAAUCUGAAGGAGAGCGGAGUGAGUAUGCCGUCUCAGAUGUGUUGAGCUCCAACUAA